AUGGAACCAAAAUUGAAGGUAGCCAUACUGAUCGUCUCCGACACGGCCUCCCAGGACCCCGCUUCAGACAAAGUAGCGGGGGCUUUGGCGCCCAUCCUCGCCCAAGAGGGGAAGUGGGAACCCCCCGCAAUCAGGAUCGUGCCGGACAAUGUGUUCCAGAUCCAACAGGCUAUCUACGACUGGGCCGAUGGAGAAGAUUGGUAUAACCUCAUCUUGCUUAGCGGCGGGACAGGUUUUGCAGUCAAAGAUAACACACCCGAGGCUGUGACCCCCCUGAUCCAUCGUCAUGCCCCGGGUCUAGUCCAUGGUAUGAUCGCCGCUUCAUUGAAAGUAACGCUAUUUGCGAUGAUGGCUAGACCAGUAGCUGGUGUACGCAACAAAUCAUUGAUUAUCACUUUACCGGGAUCCCCCAAAGGAGCCAUGGAGAACCUUGAAGCUGUUGUGAAACUUCUGCCUCAUGCCUGUAUACAGAGCGCUGGGGCCAACUCCCGCAGUUUACAUGCUGUCGGCAUGAAGAAGUUGGAGAGUGACGCCGGAGUUUCCUCAGACAACAGCCGUCACCAUCACCACCAUCAUCACCAUGCUCACGGUCACGGUCAUGGACAUGCUGUUCCCAAGGCUCAUACCUCCCCGACAGACCGACCUCAAUCUAAUGACCCAUCCGCGGGACCUAAUCAAAGGUACCGUUCUUCGCCGUACCCAAUGCUGUCUGUGGAGGAGGCGCUUCGCACGAUAAGCGAGCAGACGCCUGCCCCAAUGGUCAUUGAUGCCCCAGUGAACACAUCCAUUGUGGGAUCAGUUGUUGCCGAAGAUGUCUACGCGGCUGAGAUGGUGCCUGCCUAUCACGCCAGUAUUGUUGAUGGGUACGCCAUCAUUGCCCCCGAACCUACCGACGCCGGAGCUACGACCAAGGGCGUGUUCCCUGUAGCAUCCAUAACCCACGCCACCGCUGGCGGAGUUUUAGAGCCACUCCAGCCUGGAACCAUUGCUAGAAUUACCACUGGGGCUCCUCUCCCUCCAAAUGCCAAUGCUGUAGUCAUGGUUGAAGACACUGUGCUAGUCUCCUCCACCCCAGACGGCAAAGAAGAAGCUACUGUCGAAAUCUUGGCGGACGACAUCCAGCCCUCGGAGAAUGUUCGCGAUCCUGGUAGCGACGUGACUCUCGGCUCUAAGAUCCUCGCCCGCGGAGACUUGAUCUCCCCCGCCGGUGGUGAAAUCGGGUUGCUAGCCGCCACAGGCACCAGAACUGUCAAAGUAUUCAAGAAGCCCCGCGUGGGUGUCCUGAGCACAGGAGACGAGCUCGUGGAGCACGAUGAUCCUCGCGAGCUCGUUGGUGGCCAAAUCCGUGACUCAAACCGUCCUUCCCUUCUCUCCUGUUUGUCAUCAUGGGGAUUCGAAACCGUGGAUUUGGGUAUCGCCCGCGACACUCCCGCCAGCGAGCUAGAACAUGCCCUCCGCGACUCUCUCCGCGGUGUUGGCCGGGCCUCUGCAAGUGUCGAUGUGAUCGUCACAACUGGCGGCGUCUCAAUGGGCGAGCUGGACCUCCUCAAACCAACCAUUGAGCGUUCCCUCGGCGGUACAAUUCACUUUGGCCGAGUGUCAAUGAAACCCGGCAAGCCCACUACCUUUGCGACAAUUCCCUUCAAAGAAACCGCCCCUACCUCCGGUCAACAAGAACGUAAAUCAAAACUCAUCUUCUCUCUCCCCGGUAACCCGGCCUCUGCCCUGGUUACUCUGAACCUAUUCGUCUUGCCUUCUCUGCAUAAGCUCUCCGGCCUCGGAGAGAGCUCACAAGCCAUGGCCACGAAGCCCUGGAUGGCACCGCAGCUUGGCCUGCCGCGCGUGGCUGUUGUGCUGACACACCAUUUCCCUCUUGAUCCCAAGCGCACUGAGUACCACCGUGCAGUCGUGACAGGCUCACGCUGCGAUGGCCGCUUGUAUGCCACCAGCACUGGUGUCGAGGGCGUAGGACAGCGCAGUUCGCGGGUGGGCAGCAUUGCCCGUGCGAAUGCACUUGUUGUCCUCCGCCCUGGACGUGGUGUCGGAAUCAAGGGUGAGAUCGUGGAGGCGUUGAUGAUGGGUCCUGUUUAUGGAUCUGAUACCCGAAUUAUUUGCUAG